ACGUUCCUCAACUUUAUUGGUAAAACCCCCAAAAUGCAAGAGAUUAUCUUUUAAACACAAGAAUUGAGGUUGUAAACAUUUAUAUUUGGCAAACCUGUUUAAAAGAAAUGCUUCACAAGUCCAACUUUAUUUCUUUUUUGUGCUGUAUAUUUGUGUAAAUGGAGCACCUGUAAUUAAAAACAAAAACAAAAAAACAACCUCCCUUCAGGGAUUAAAGAACAAUAAUCUGAUUACUUUUAAACAAAUUUGUGAAAGAGUUUAAAUAUGAAAAAAAUCCAUGGUACAUUAUUUGCAAGAUACAAUAAAAAUACUUGCCAAAGCUUUAUUUAUUUUCCUGCUUUUAUAAAGGACAUUCAAUCAAAACAUUUUUUUAAAUAUGUAAGGAUUGUGAGAUUAUUAUUCGCAACAAGAUGUUUGGAAAUGUUUGGAAAUCAGAAUGAACAACCCCUCUUGAAUGUAACUCAUCGCCUCCCUUGUUGCUAAGCAACCUUAGCAGGAGAUUGAAGAAGACUUUUAGUCGUUUCAUCCGAGAAGGAAAACUUUCCUUAAACGCAGCUGUAGAGUUUCUGCACUGACUUGAAGGCAGGAAACCAAAAGUGUAUCAAUGCAGGCAAACCCAUGUCUGGUGUAGAACCUCUCAACUCUCCAACCAGGAAGGAACCAAGCAGUCAACCAGAUCUUGGAGCUGUCUGCUUCGAUGGUUCCUCGCCAUGCGUCAACAUGAUUAGUCACCAUAUCACAGAGAUGAAGAAGCUAAUGGAAAGCUGGUGUCAACAGUCUGGAAAAGAUGAGACACAAACAAACCAGGACAAGGUGCAUCAAAGUAAGACACUGACUCUAAAGGAGAAGGUAAAUGGCGUCCUGGCAGAGACUCUGCACCUGACGGAGCGUUUGGAGGCGGAUCGUCAGAAUGCAGAAAAGGCUCUGCUCCAAGAAAAAGAAAAAAGUAGAUAUUUGAAGAAUAAAUUUGACCCGAUUUUAUUGUGGAAGCAAGAGGAGCAUUCUUCAGUUGUCCAGAAAGAGCAAGAGGCGUGCAGAAAAGACAUCAAGCAAUUAAAGACUCAGCUAAGACGGGAAAGAAAGAAGCUCAGCCAGGUCCAAGAAAAGCUUUCCCGCGCCACAGUUUUGAACCAGCAUAUGCAGGAGGACUUCAGCUUAGUCCGAAAACAAAUUCUCAUUGUGACAGAAGAUCUGAAGCGUCAGAGUGACGUCAUAGAUCAAUUAAAGACGACCCAAGCUGAGGUGGAUGAUGUUUGCACAGAAACACAAAGCAAUCUUCUCCAUGCUCAGAAGAAGUUAAAAGCGGCUCAAGUUGACGCCGACAAAGAAAAACUGUUAAUGGAGUGUGAGCUCCUGCCGAUGCGGAAACGAACAGAAGAACGAUUGGAGGAAUUAAACCGGUUAAAGAUGGCUGAGAAAGAACUGAUAGCUGAGAUCAAGGACGCUGAAGAGGAUGUUAAUCUUACAGAAAAUACUUGUGCACUCUUAAGUCAGCAAAUUUCUCAGAUGGAGGAGUGUGAGAAAUGUGAAAAAGACAGGAUUUCACAGCUGAAGCUUCAAAUAGAAGAAAAAGUAUUAAAGAAUAGAAAACUGAGCUCAGUAAAGGAAGACAUUGAGAAAACAAAACAUCAAGGACAAGCAGAAGUUUCCUGCAUUGAAGAACAGCUUCAAGCUAAACGUGAAGCUUUUGCACGGCUCCUCAAAGAAAACAUUCAAUACGAGCAGAAGAUAGAGGACUGCCAACUAAAGAUCUGUCAGAGUGAAAAAACAUUGAAGCAGAUCCGCAAAGAGACCAAAGAUAUCCUCCUGGAUAUCAGUUACAGCGAGGAGCAGCAAAAGAAGGCUGCAAAGAAACUGAUGCAAGUUGCAGCUCAACACCGUAACAGCCAAAGCGAGCUCAACGAAAAGAAGCAGCUCACUAUUUUGCAAGAAAAAAGGGCCAAGGCAGAAAUUGAUGAUUUAAACCAAGAGCUGUCAGAUCUGAUGACUGUUGAGGAAUCUUACAAGGUUGAGCUUGAGCAGGUCAAUACUGAAUUGAAGGAAAAGCAAAUAAGUUCCGACCAAAUCAAUCAAGACCUUCAAAAAGAGUUUGAGGAUGCAGCCUCAAAAGCUAAACAUCUAGAAGCAAAUGUCAAGGAAAUUCGGGAAAUGACAGAAAAGUUGGAAAAAAUUCAGUCUGAUCAUGAGAAGAUGGUAAUCGAAUUGGAGCAAGAGCAAAAACUCAGGUGUGAUCAGCUGAAAGCUGCUCUGGAUUUAUGCGAAGCCACUACAAAGAGAUGUGAUAUAAUAUUGGAAAGAAUCACUGACCUCGUGAAUGAAUGUGGACAUUAUAACAACGCUUCCGAUCAAAUGGAAAAAAAUGUGGAGCAAAUGCAGGAAGAAAUUGCAGAGCAGCAGAUGGAUCUUAAUGUGGUGGAGUUCAAACACAAAUCAGCUGCACAGAUCAUGAGAAUCUUGAGGUCUGAUAUUGAAGCCUGCAAAGAACGAACACAGCGAUCUGUGCAGACACAUGCGACUCUGGUUACAGCAAGAAGAAAGCAAAUGCAAGAUACCAAGGAAUUUCUACAAACCACACUGGUGGAGAACCAACUGUUGGCGAGUAAAUACAAAAACCUCCAGAAGACCCUCAUGGAGGUCAAACAGGAGGCAGUUUCAGCACUCAGUGAACAGAACCGUUCACAUCAAGCGUUCAACAUUUACACUCAGCUCUCUAUGAUGCAGAAGAGGAUGCACAAAGCUUUUGAGAAAUACUUAAAACAACGCAGCCUCCACAGCCAGGCUGAACUGGACCGGUGCCAGGCUCUUUCCAAAGAGACCUACCAGAAAAUGAAAACAGCCGAGGAGAAGUUGUCAGAAGAAAUUGGGCUCAUCUCAGAAUUCCUGGAAUCCCUGACGGAUGAGUCUGCCGCCACCAAUGACGCUGGGGUGAAAGCACAAGCCGGCCCAGAUGCUGCUGGAUCCAAUGAGUAAACGCCUUCGGUUUCAACAGCAGUGUAAUUGGACAUUCACCUGUACCAGACAACUUACUUACCCCAGCACGCUUCAGUAUUCACCCCCCCCCCCUCCCCUCCUUUCCCUUUUACUUGCAGCAAAUCCAUAACAAUGAAACAGGUGACUUUCAUGCUGCUGUCAGGACUGAUCUAAUUUUAGCUGGGUGAAUGAUUGCAAUUGGCUUUGCCUCAUCAGAUAAUUAAUCUAUGUCACCAUUAAUUGGGAAAGAGAAUAAUUACAGGCCGUGUUGACAGAAAUUCUACGCUUCUCCAGAUUCCAAGAUCUAAUUACAACUAGUGAAACCCUGUGACCUUAACUAGCACCCAACCUACCUCGGCCAACUUGACCAUGUCCACGUAGAGACCCAUCUGCUCACGGAUCCAGGAUUUUUAGGACAGCAUUUUGUUCGACCAGCUAAAACUUCCCCAUCCGUCACUCCUCAACGUUCAAUUUUCAUUUUGUGGAAGUUCAGCCUUUUAGAAGUUUUUCUGGAAGUUUUCAACUCAACUUAUGGAAGUUUUCAAUUCAUCUCCAGCGCACAAUGAGCUAGAGAUGAAUGAUUAAUGAAUAAAUUUAAAUGCUUCA